GCAAUCCAGCGGUUGUUGUGAUCGGAAGCCCUGAAAUCGGAAUUGAUUCUUUUCUAAAACGUGCGUAUUUAUUUCAAAUCGAAGUGGAGUGCAAAGUAUAUGCUAAAGAGUUUUACAGCUGUGUGUGUGCAUAAAGGAUAACAAUGUUGCCCAUUCGUUGGGCUUUCGUCGGCCUCGCGCUGUUGAUUGCAGCUACAAACGGAGCAACCAUAGCGUCAUUAGAUGAAAGCGUGCCGGAAUCGAAUUACGAGGUGGAUAAUGAUCAACUUGAUUUGGAUAGAUCAAAGCGAAGCGGACGAGGAUAUAUGCGUGGUCAGACGCAAUCUCAGUAUCUCAAUUUUGGAAAACCAGAACAGGAUGGCAAAGCUGAAGCAGAGGCUAAUGAACACGGAUCUAGAACAACAGUUUCUGGAAGCCAUGGUAUGGGACAAGCACAGAGUCAAUUCUCAAUGGGUGAUUGCAGUGAUUGUGCAUCAAGUCCCACUUAUGAAUAUCCCGCGGGUUCUCCCGAUCCCCUCACUUAUGUUGGCGGUAGUGGUAGGCCAGAUGCCUUGAGAAUCAUUCCUGGCACUGCAGGUACUAGUACAAUUGGGGGUCCAGGAGCUGCUGGCACAUUGAGGCAAGGGGGUGUUUUGGCUCCUGGCGGUGUACAGCCUAGUGGCCCUAGAGGUCUAGGUGCAAGAGGCCCUACUGUUGGACAACAGCCCGGUGCCGGUUAUGGUGUUGGUACUGUUAGACAGCCUGUUGGACCUGGAGGUGUGGGCGGUAUUGGGCGACAGCCUGGCGCUGGUUAUGGUGUUGGUACUGCUGGUCAGCCCAUUGGACCUGGAGGUGUUGGCGGUAUUGGGCGACAACCUGGUGCCGGUUAUGGUGUUGGUACUGCUGGUCAGCCCAUUGGACCUGGAGGUGUUGGCGGUAUUGGGCGACAACCUGGUGCCGGUUAUGGUGUUGGCACUGGUGGUCAACCCGUUGGGCCUGGUGGAAUAGCUGGUAUCGGACGACAACCUGGUGUUGGUGGUCAACCCAUUGGACCUGCACCGUCAACUCCUGGCUCAGAUGCUGGUGUUCAACCAGGUGCGAUUAUAAGGCCGGAAGCUAGACCCGGGACAUCUUAUGGACCUGGAAUCGGUCAACCAACUGGAACUGGUGGCACAGGAGCUGGUGGAGGACCUCAAGCAGGAGCUAUUGUGAGACCUGGAGCAAUUUAUGGACAACCAGAGAGCGUGCAGCCUGGUGGCGCUUUGGGGCCAGGUAGUGGAUAUGGUACUGGACAAAUUGGUGGUCCUAGAGUAGAAGGAGCUACAAGACCUGGUCAGCAAAUUGGUGGCCAAAUUGUACAUGGAGGUGCGUAUGCUCCCAGUGCUGGCCUUCCUACUGGUCAACCCGGGACAGGAGUGGUCGGAUCAGCUGCUGAUCAAAGGCCUGGAGCACUUGUACAAGGUGGUCCACAAAUAACCGGACAGCCAACUUACACAAGUGUUGGUGGCGGUUUACAACCCGGUCAGGCUGGUGGAUUAUAUGUACCGCAACCAGGCCGUCAACCUGCGCCACCGGGAGGUGGGAUUGGUGGUGGUGCACCACCCAGUGGUAUUUAUGGACCUGGUAUAGGUACGACGGUUAGCUCAAGGCCUGGUGGUGGUAUUCAACAAGGUGUAGAUUUAAGUUCGGGUCAAGCUUAUUCCCCCGGUUUGGGACCUAUUACAGGGUCAAGGCCACAAAGUGGUUAUGCGCCAGGAACCACAGGUAUUCAAACUGGUGGCAGACCUCAACCAAUUGGUGUGCAAGCUCCAGGAGUUGGUAUUCCCUCGGGAUCUCAAAUCUACGGCCCCAGUCCAAUCGGUCAAGCUCCUGGAUCUGGUCAAGCUGGUAUCCCGACUGGCGGUGUUACACGAGGUCAGCCAACUGGACCAGUUGCAAGCACUCAUCCAACUGGAUCUUAUUGGCAACCUGGAAGUGGAGUAUCUGGUAUUCCAUCUGGGCCUAGUGGAAUUUAUGCCCCAGAUGUCAUUGGUGGUCCGGGAGCUCAUCCUGGUGCUGGUUAUCAACCAGGGGUAGGGUAUCAACAAGGUGCUCAAUUACAACCAGGUGCAGGAUAUCAACCAGGAGCGAGCUUGCUACCUGGUGCAGGUUUGCAACCUGGUGCAGGUUUGCAACCGGGUGUAGGUUACCAACCACAAGUGAGUCCUCAACCAGGAGCAGAUGCACAACCAGGUGCUGGACUACAACCCGGAGUAGGCACAGGUAUAGGAUAUCACCCAACAGCAGGAUAUCAACCAGGAUCUGGACAACAACCAGGUGCAGGCUUACAACCAGGAACAGGAUAUCAGCCAGGAGCAGGUUACCAACCAGGAACAGGAUAUCAACCAGGAGCAGGUUAUCAACCAGGAGCUGAACAACAACCCGGAGCAGGCUUACAACCAGGAACAGGAUAUCAGCAAGGAGCAGGUUAUCAACCAGGGGCUGAACAACAACCCGGAGCAGGAUUACGACCAGGAACAGGAUAUCAGCCAGGAGCAGGUUAUCAACCUGGAGCAGGAUAUCAACCAGGAGCAGGUUAUCAACCAGGAACUGAACAACAACCCGGAGCAGGCUUACAACCAGGACCAGGAUAUCAGCCAGGAGCAGGUUAUCAACCUGGAGCAGGAUAUCAACCAGGAGCAGGUUAUCAACCAGGAGCUGAACAACAACCUGGAGCAGGCUUACAACCAGGAAUAGGAUAUCAGCCAGGAGCAGGUUAUCAACCAGGAGCAGGAUAUCAACCAGGAACAGGUUAUCAACCAGGAGCUGAACAACAACCCGGAGUAGGCUUACAACCAGGAGUAGGAUAUCAGCCAGGAGCAGGUUAUCAAGCAGGGGCUGAACAACAACCCGGAGCAGGAUUACGACCAGGAACAGGAUACCAGCCAGUAGCAGGUUAUCAACCAGGAGCAGGUUAUCAACCAGUAGCUGAACAACAACCCGGAGCAGGAUUACAACCAGGAACAGGAUAUCUGCCAGGAGCAGGUUAUCAACCAGGUGCUGAGCAACAACCAGGAGCAGGCUUACAACCAGGAACAGGAUAUCGGCCAGGAGCAGGUGCUCAGCCAGUAGGUGCAGGUCCAGCGGGAACAUACCCCGCUGUUCCACAAACGGUGUCAACAUAUGGACAAGUUGGUGGUGAUGGUUCUGGUGCGCAGCAAGGUGAUAUCUAUGGGCCAGGCACAUUACCUGGUAGUGGAACAUUUGGACCUCUUGGAAUUCCUGGAACUCGAACUACUGGUGUCGGUGGAAUUGGUGGUGCUGGUGUCCUGCCAGGUGGUGUUUCCGUAGGACCAAGCGCUUUAGCAUAUCCUGGAGCUGCCGUCCCUGGCGCGGGAGCUUUGGGUGAGUAUAAGGAAGAAGGACCUGGAAACUUAAUAACAGCAAGUGGCGCAGGAGGAGCCGAUGAUGCAUUCUCUCAAGCUGAAUCCUCCAUCAGCGAAGGGCAAGCAGCUGCUAGUGCACAAGGCAAAAAGAAUGGUGGCACUGCCAAAACUCAGGUAUCAGGAACAUAUAGUGCCACUGGAACAUUCAGUGCCAGCGCUUCAACUUCUGAUAGCGAUCGCUCAGCCAAUGCCCAAGUGAGUGGAAAUAGUGAUGGAGCAAUGAGUCAGUCUCAAGGACAAGGUGGCGCAGCACAGUCGCAAGCUCAGGUUCAAGUCAACUCGAAAGAUGGAGGCACUAAAGCAUCCUCACAAAGUGGAGGUGUAAUCCAUCAGAGUCAAAGCGAGGUACAAGCUAACGAUAAGGGAGGCUUAGCUGAUUCACAGUCCAGCGGACCUGGCCAAACGUCAUCCCAGGCACAAAUUGGUUUCCGACCCAAUCAAGAUGGUAGUGCACCACCAACAACGGGAGGUGGUCAAGCAUCCGCUCAAUCUGGUAGCCACUCAGGACAGAGUCAAUCGCAGAUUCAGGGCACAUCCAAAUUCGGUGUAUCAUAUCACGGUGCAGCGCAGUCUGCAUCCGGAACUAAGGAACAAGUUGCAAGCUACCGCGAACAAAAUCGUGAACUAUUCCACAGUAUAAGCCAGUUUGGAAAUAGUGAUGCUGUAACUGAUCGUGUAGACACCGUAUAUAGUGGACCUAGCGGAACAGCAUUGACAGCUGACGGCAACGCUUUACCAGAUCUUGAGUUGAAGUCUUCGAAGAGUGUUAAAGAAAUCGUGAACGCCAACAAGAUUACGGACGAAGAUUCCACUUUAAACGAAGAUGAAGAAGAGGAACCUUACGAUGAAUACGACGAUGAAGAUGAGUACUACAAUGAAAAUUCAAAGUUGGAUAGUCAAACCGGUAACAAACCCGAAUCCCAAUCACAAUAUCGCACAUAUACACAAAAUUCACCGACUCAGAGUCAACAGGCUGCCGUACCCAAUUCGCCUGAUAAAUAUCUAUUAGUACAAAAUCAAAAUGGACGUGUACAAAAAUACCCCUUCCGAUCGACCACAGAAAUGGUGCCACGUGGCUUCCGCGGCACCGUAAACGUAGAGAAAAAAUUCCACACCAAGGCAGUGAAAUCUCAACCCACGGAUAAUGAUCUAGAUAGUGCUGAAGAGCCGGCGACACCCACGAAACACCGUACACCGGACAGCUAUGUAACAGUGACCAAAUCGAUUACUGGCAGUAUGGAUAAUACUAAGAAUCCACCACAGGAAAAUAAGAAUUUCCAAUCGACUUACUACACCAAGUCAUCGACUUGUGGCUACUUCACAUUUUCCUGCAACAUAGUAUACGGUGCAAAUGGUCGCAGUAAAAUCUGCCGGCCGAAGGCACCAGCCAAUGGAAAAUGUUAGAUUUUUACAUAAUAAUCGAUAAUUUUUCUUAUCAAUAAUAACUUAGUUGUUAAAAUAAGCUGUAGCCUAACUCGAAUGUAUUCUUAAAUUCCUAACAAAAUGUAACAUUUAAACUUACUUAAGUCGGAUUAAUUGUUUGCCACACAAUCAAAGCAUUAAAAGGGCGCCUUGAGCACACGCCUCAAGUCUCCAAUGUCGUAACUAAUAGUAUAUUUUGCAUACUUACUAAUUAUAAUACACUGCCACAGAAAGACCCGAUAAAUAGAAAUGCCAAAAUGAUUAUUGAUAAUUUUUUAAUAAAUGUAAUUGUUAUUUUUUAACACA